UACAUAACAGUGAAAAAAUGGGAGAAAUUGAGACAACAAUGAAGGAAAUUGAGAAAGAAAGCUUUGAGAUCAGUGAAAAACAUGAAGUUGAUGACGAUCCUAAGAUCAUCUACAGAGGCUGGAAGGUCAUGCCUUACAUCAUAGGAAAUGAAACAUUUGAGAAAUUGGGAGCCAUUGGAACAUUAGUGAACCUGUUGGUGUAUCUUACAACUGUAUUCAACCUAAAAAACAUCACAGCUACAAACAUCAUCAACAUCUUCCAUGGCAGUACCAACUUUGCUACCUUGCUUGGUGCUUUCUUCUCUGAUACAUACUUUGGUCGCUACAACACAUUAGGAUUCUGCACAAUCACUUCCUUUCUGGGAUUACUUGUCAUACAACUUACAGCAGUGUUCAAGAAUCUGCAUCCACCGGCCUGUUCAAAGGAGAGUAGCACAUGCAUAGGACCAUCCGCAGGCCAAAUAUUUUUUCUAUUUUCUGGAUUUUUUUUACUCUUAAUAGGUGCUGCAGGGGUUAGACCAUGUAAUUUAGCCUUCGGUGUUGAUCAAUUCAAUCCGAAAACAGAUACGGGAAAGAAAGGAAUCAACAGUUUUUUCAAUUGGUACUAUUUCACCUUCACUUUUGCCAUGAUGGUGUCUUUAACACUAAUUGUGUAUGUACAAUCAAAUGUGAGCUGGGCAAUUGGUCUUGGAAUUCCUGCUGCUUUGAUGUUGUUAGCUUGUGUGAUGUUUUUCAUGGGUGAUAAAUUGUAUGUUAAAGUUAAACCAAAUGGAAGUCCCAUCAAAAGUAUUGUUCAAGUUUUAGUGGUUGGAGUUAAGAAAAGAAGACUUAAACUACCUUCUCAGCAUCCCAUGCUUUCCCUCUUUGAUUAUAUGCCAUCCAAGUGUGAUUAUCCAAAGCUUCCUUACACAUAUCAAUUCAGGGUAUUGGACAAAGCUGCAAUGAUCACUCCACGAGACAAAAUAAAUCCAGAUGGUUCAGCAGCUGAUCCAUGGAGUCUUUGCAGCAUACAACAAGUUGAAGAGUUAAAGUGUUUGGUUAGAGUAUUACCUAUAUUCUUUUCAGGCAUUUUGUUCUUUCUUGUUGUCACUCAACAACACACUGUUCUUGUUUUUCAAGCUCUACAAUCGAAUCGACGAGUCGGAAAUAGCAACUUCAACAUACCUGCUGCAUCAUACUCAGUGUUCAUAAUGUUGAGCACCACAUUAUGGUUACCAAUCUAUGAUAGACUAGUUAUUCCUUUUCUCCAAAGAUUCACCGGAAAAGAAGCUGGAAUCACAAUCCUUCAGAGGAUUGGUGUUGGAAUAUUUCUAUCUAUACUAAGCAUGUUUGUAUCUGCAUUAGUUGAGAAACAAAGAAGACACUUAGGUUUAACUAAUCCUAUUGGAAUUCAGCCAAGAAAAGGCGCGAUUUCAUCGAUGUCGGGUUUUUGGUUGGUUCCUCAGUUAAUAAUAGCUGGAUUAUCUGAAGCUUUUUGUGCUGUUGGACUAACUGAAUUUUACUAUAAACAGUUUCCUGAGAAUAUGAAAACCAUUGCAGGGUCACUUUUCUUUUGUAGCAUGGCAGGAUCAAGUUAUUUGAGUGCUUUUCUUGUUUCUGUUGUUCAUAAAACAACUUCAAAUUCCGCAACAGGAAAUUGGUUAUCAGAAGAUCUUAAUAAGGGAAGAUUGGAUUAUUUUUAUUACUUGAUUGCUGCAAUAGAACUCUUCAAUUUUGGGUACUUUUUGAUGUGUUCCAAAUGGUUCAAGUAUAGAGAAACUAGUAGUAGCAUUAGUAAUGCAUGAGAAUCUGAGUUCUGAUAAUAGUGCUCUUUUUAAUUAGCUUCAAGAAAUAAAUGUUGUUGUAUGGAUUGUUAAUACAUCCUUUAAUUGUUUCUUUUCAAUCACUGGUCUCUAACUUGCCAAACAAGAAUAACAACAUCAGAGCUAUAAUCUAUCUUUCUUCUUCUUUGGCCUUAAUUGAUUACAGCAACCUUUGGAUGCAGACAAGCAUAAAAUUUGCGGCAAAUGGUUUUAUACUAGUUGUAUCGGCAAACCAAAGUCAUUAAAGAAGGCUCUACAAUACCUCCAUGAAGCCCGAGCGUGCCAUGUAAUGUAGAAUCCUUUUGAAUGUUGUAAUCACCUAAGGUUUUUCUAUCUUCAAGGUGUUUUUCUGGCAAAGAUCAAACAUUGUCUAUUGGGUGGUAUAUAUUCCUUGUCUUUGAUACUUGUGAAUUAGGUAAAUAACUACUUAUAUAUUUUACAUAAAUUUAUCAUUUAUCAACUCUUA